AUGAUCGUGUUUCGUGUGCUUGAUAGAGAUUCAACCCCUAAAAGGGCUAGAACCCAGAAGACAGACAAUACAGAAGUGAUUGACUGCAGACAACACACCAACGUGACAAAACAAACAGCAGAACCUGCUGACUUCACCAGCCUAAUCAGGAGCAGCCUGCUUGAUCGCCUAUCGUCCCCCAUCGCAGUAGCCGAGUCCAAUAAGAACUUACCAAGCGAACCAAUCGACAAAGCAACAGCCACCGAUAACAAGAACAAUCAAAACACAAGACCAAACUUUGAAGCAAACAAAGAAGAUAGCAGCUCUGUUCAACAACAGUUGUAA